UCUGGUCGGCAGUGUGUCCGCGGACCGCAUCCAGCGUGCACCACGCAGAGCAGACGCCGCCGCCGCACGGGCAGAAAACAUAGGGUCGACGAGCGACCUUCCCGCAUCGUUAAGGAACAACGCAUGGCAAUAACCGGCCGCUGACGAAGACUGAGAAUCGUAACAGCGGUCUUUAAAGAUGAACUGCAACUGCCCCGUGUCGCAGCCGCCGGGCCCCACGCUGGCGUCCACGUGCGGCGGCUCCAGCUUCAUGCUCUUCAUGGGGCUGCUCGAGGUCUUCAUCCGCUCGCAGUGCGACCUCGAGGACCCCUGCGGCCGACCCACCAGUCGGCGGCGACAGGACGUCGAGUACGAUUUCGUGGUGGUGGGCGGCGGCAGCGCGGGCUCUGUGGUGGCGGCGCGGCUGUCGGAGAUCCCGCACUGGAACGUGCUGCUGAUCGAGGCCGGGCUGGACGAGCCGACGGGCGCGCAGGUGCCGUCCAUGUUCCUCAACUUCAUCGGCAGCAGCAUCGACUGGAACUUCCGCACCGAGCCCGAGGAGAUGGCCUGCCUCAACGAGAACGAGCGCCGCUGCUCGUGGCCCAGGGGCAAGGUGCUGGGCGGCACUAGCGUGCUCAACGGCAUGAUGUACAUGCGCGGCAGCAGGAAGGACUAUGACGAGUGGGCGGCGUUCGGCAACCCCGGCUGGGGCUACCAGGAGGUGCUGCCAUACUUCCUCAAGUCGGAGGACAACCUGCAGGCGCACUUGAUGGACCCCGGCUACCACGGCGUCGGCGGCUACCUCACAGUCACCCAGUUCCCGUACCACCCGCCUCUCUCACACUCCAUACUGCAGGCUGGCCGCGAGCUGGGGUUCCAGGUUCGCGACCUGAACGGCGCCUUCCACACGGGCUUCGCCAUUGCGCAGACGACCUCGCGCAACGGCAGCCGGCUGUCGACGGCCAAGGCGUUCCUGCGGCCCAACCGCAACAGGCCCAACCUGCACAUCAUGCUCAACACGACCGUCACCAGGGUCCUCAUCAACGAGUCGUCGCGAGAGGCCUACGGCGUCGAGGUCAUCCGCGGCGACACGGGCCGCCGAGACCGCAUCUUCGCCCGCAGCGAGGUGAUCCUGUGCGGUGGCGCGGUCAACUCGCCGCAGCUGCUGCUGCUGUCGGGCGUGGGCCCGGCGGAGGAGCUGCGCGCCGUGGGCGUCCAGCCGGUGCACCACCUGCCGGGCGUUGGCCGCAACCUGCACAACCACGUCGCCUUCUUCGUCAACUUUUUCAUCAACGACACGGACACGCAGGCGCUCAACUGGGCCACCGCCAUGGAGUACCUGCUCUUCCGCGACGGGCUCAUGUCCGGCACCGGCAUCUCGGAGGUCACCGCCUUCGUCAACUCGCGCUUCGCCAGCCCCUCCGAAGACAACCCCGACCUGCAGUACUUCUUCGGCGGGUACCUCGCCAACUGCGCGCGCACCGGACAGGUGGGCGAGCGCGCUUCGGAGGGCGCCAACGGCACGGCGCCGAUGCGCUCUAUCCAGAUCAUCCCGGCGUACCUGCACCCCAAGAGCCGCGGCGUGCUGCGCCUGCGCAGUGCCGACCCCCUCGCAGCGCCGGCCAUCAGCGCGCGCUACCUCACCCACCCGGACGACGUGGCGGCGCUCGUCGACGGCAUCCGCUUCGCCAUCCGGCUGUCGGAGACGCCGGCGCUGCGGCGCUACGGCUUCCGGCUGGACCGCACGCCCGUGCCCGGCUGCGAGAACUUCACGUUCGGCUGCGACGCGUACUGGGAGUGCGCCGUGCGCCGGCAGACGGCGCCCGAGAACCACCAGGCGGGCUCGUGCCGCAUGGGCCCGCCGGGCGACGCCGGCGCCGUCGUCGACGCGCAGCUGCGCGUGCACGGCGUGGACAAGCUGCGCGUCGUCGACGCCUCCGUCAUGCCCAAGGUCACCUCGGGCAACACCAACGCGCCCACCGUCAUGAUCGCCGAGAAGGGCGCCGACAUGAUCAAGACGCGCUGGCUCGCCAGGCGGACGUGGCGCUCCUGGUACUAAGGACUGCGACCUCCGCGGGCACCAGUGUCCUGUUCAGUAGACGGCUGCGUGUGCACUACGUAACAUGAGACAAUAACUCGCUCUUUCUCCAAAGACAUUUCUCACGAUAGUCUAGUGCUGCUCAUCACCAGCAUUUUCACUCCAUACCAUGUACAUUUAUUCAUAUCUAUAGCACCAGAGACCUGCAAAAUGUAGUGUUUGCGGUACCUUACGCUAUGUUAACAACUUUUACUCUGAGACAAGGCACCACUCCAGCCGUACUCUGCAAUUUUGUACCUUGUACGAGAUACUACCGCCGUACGUAUAGUUGCAUAUUGCCAUCCUAUGACUUGUCACCUUAGUGAACCCAACACCUUUACCUUUCCCGGACAAGUGCUCUACGACAAGGUACCGAGGUAUGACUGACGGCGUAACUACUCCAGCUGUACUCUGAUUAAAACCAUAAAAGACACACUCCAGGAAGACGAUCGGUGUUGUGGCUGAUAUGUGUAGCAAGAAAAACUGAGUAUACUCUCAAAUGGCUUCAUGUCGUUAAGAAACAAAAUCUACUUGUUAUGAAAACUUUACGCGCUUCAGAGAAUGAUCCAUCGCUCCAGUACAAAAAGAAACUUAUUAACUUAGCAUGACUCGGUUUCACAGUCAUAUAAAAAGCUUUAAUGGGCAUCAUAUGUAGCCCCCAGCAAAAUUAAAGUUCCCGGUUCGCUUUUAAGAUAUUUUCCCCAACUGCGAGAUGGUCGCGUAUACAAACAGUGAUCCAAUACUGUCAAAUAUUUUUUAUUCCAGUCUUUCAUCACAAUAUGAAUUCUUUAGACGAUAGCCGGUUUCAGUCCGUAAUGACCAUCCUCAGAUCUUUUUUUACACCAUGUCCUAAAGUGAUAAGGCCAUAAUGGUGUAAAAAUGAUCUGAGGAUUGUUAUCAAAGACUGGAAUAAAAAAACAUAUAAGAUAUUUUCCUUUGCUUACAGAGACCCAUUCUUAAGGUUUUCUGGUUGAAAAUCGUUCUGUCAAUUUAUUGGGGUGGGUAGCAUGCGGCACACGUGAAUAGUAUACGUUACUAGUUCCGUGAAAUCUCUUAAUCCCAGGGCCGGCGUAUGCUAAGGGACACCUAGCGAACAUUUUCUCAAACAAAAGUUGUUCACCAUAACGUGAUCUAUCACCUCGAGACGUCUGCCGCAAACACUUUGAAACACCCAGUGUAGUGGAUUGAUGUGAUUUAUCUAAAACAUGGCAGCAACGUUAAAUGCCCAGCGUGUGAACCUGCUGAUGAUUCCUUAAAGUUUUCACAUGACACACGAUAAAACUGCAAGUAGUGUGUUUUAUUAAUAGCUUUAGGGCCAAAGGUGACAGUGAUAUCCUUUAAGAAACAAACGUCGGGCCAAGUGAUAACUCUGCUAACAUUCGUGCACGAAUUGUGUUGCAAAUUAAUCAGGAUCGACUGAAAAAGCCACUAGACUUCUUGCGACUAAUGAACGAUAUUUACUGGUUUUGGGACGCUACCAACAUCAACCCAGAAUACAGAUAUUGUAAAUUGCACCGUUGUCGCUUUCUGUCUUGUCUUCACUAUGCUGACUUUUGUUUCGUGUGCAGUUAACUUCUCGUGCCACGUCUCCUUUCGUACAUAAAUCAGAUGACCUGUUGAAUUGUGGUGUCUGCCAACGAAUUCACGCUAAAUUGGAAACGGGAGGGAAAGCUGUCGGUUCAGAUCGAGUACUUGCGAUUUCUAUUAAAUGAGACAGCCCCAGCAGCCACUGCGGCGAGUGCCUUCAAGUACUCCUUACAUUUUGUCUGUGACUUCGAGCUUCAGCACUGCCACAUCUGUUGUCAGUUGCGUCAGCGUUAAGACUUGGCUAACAGAAACUGGACUGGCACGAGCAGAAGGUCCUUUUUAACCAUGCUCGUGAUGUGCAAGUGCUCGGACACUUUCUUUUGUUCGCUGGCAACGACAGAUGUUUCGAGUGUGACAUUACGAGCUCUGAUUGUAACAAUUAAAUUCCAAGAGGUGAAAUGUCAGCUAACAAGCAAUUCUAAUAAGACUGCAGUGCCGGCGUAGCAGGUACUAGCAAUGUAGCAUCGAACUGGGACCACAGCGCAACCGAGUGCUAUCUGCCAUCGAGAUGGGAUAGGCAAACGAAUGUGCUGAUGGUUCUUUUUCAGAAUGAAAGACACCAUUAAAGAAUAUUUACAGCAACAGUUUCAUUCGUUACUCGUACGUGCGAAGGACAUCGUUUUUCUCUGUUAUUGGUAUUUCAUAUACAAAUGUAAGGUUGGCAAUGCAUCAUUUCGAAUUUUUUUAGCUUUGCGACACUGAUCUUCUUCGUGUAAUAUACAAGCAGGUGUACUGUACUAUUUGUCUUUCUCAUUAUUUGGUCACAAUGCUACACAGUCCGACUCUGUCUUUCGACAGCCAUACAUUAGAGUAUAUUCACCCGUUAUUAUUACAUCUAUCUCGUUUCGCCUGCUGCUUUAAUUUGGAUGAAGUGUCCAGCAUCUGGAUUAAAUUACAAAAUCAUUGACUGGUUCACGUAUUAUAUUAAUUAAAAUUCAUGAUCAGAUUUAAGGAGCAUAGCAGCCCCACGGUUUGUUCAUCCAUUGAUUACGCGGCUACAUGCUUCUAAAUCCGUUGAAUCAGCUGAUGGCUACAAAACUGAAACAAGUCAUAAAUUUCAAUAAACCAGUAUGUGACCAGCACACUCAUUUCUGUAAUAAAGGUCACCGGCCUCCAAGCGGUCUCAUUUCGAGUCGAGCAUGUGGUUGAUUUCGUCUAUUGCCUUUUUUGUAAUAUCAAACAAAGGUUGCCCGUUCUUGACGGAACACUGCGAAAAUCUAAUCUUCCACCACAAACUAGGAGCUGCAACGUAACUUGUAACGGUUUUUUUUCCGAGGAACUGCCACUAAAAACUUCGCAUGCUUCAAAAAAUUUUCUAUCGUCAACAUUUUUCUUUGAAGACAACAUUUGUCAGUCUUCAACAUAGCGGCAUAGGAUCUGAGAUACCUGAUCAGCCACUUCAGCAAAUGCGCACAACUUCAUCAACCACACUGCAUACUUGUGAAUUUAUCUAGAAAGUUUACCGUGUCAGCAUGGUUGUUGAGUAGUUUCCUUGCAAGAGGGCAAGAACACCAACAAGUAACAAAAGAAAACAAACAUUUUGCAAGACAUACUUACUCAUUUUCUGACAUCCCACUUGCAGCGGCAGCUGCUCUCAGUGAUAGCUGUACACAUUACAUUCAACAAAUGCCUUGAUAAAAAUAAUGUUGAGGAAGCGUCUAUCUACCAGUUUUAACGGCCCUAAGUAAGCCAUGUUGGUGUAUCUUGCGGGAUUUCGUUAGCCAGUACAAUUAGUUUGGGAAUCUAUUGUCUCAGUUUUAUUGAAGGGAAAGCUGUUACGCAGACAAGCUUUAAUCUCUAUAAUCUAAUCUCUAUAACCUACCUUCCGAAUUUAUUUGCUGAACUGUCAGUACCUGUAAUAACUUUUCAUUUCUGUCGGAUUUCGCAACCGAAUUCACAAGACACAUAAGUUUUCUCUCUCUCUCUCUCUCAAAGCACACACAGACACACACACACAAACACACACACACACACACACACACACACACACACACACACACACACACACACACACACGCACAAACAUACACACACACACACACACACACACACACACACACACACACACAAUCAUACACACAUACAAAGCACACACUAUAGUAUAUCCGACAGGUAGGAACACGCUUACGAAGUGCAAUACACACUUUUGUUUAUGAACCAUAGCUUAAACUUAAAAAAAUCUGUAAUCCGUCCACCUUAACGGAAAUGACCCGAGAUUCAGUGUGUUUCUUAAUAGAUUAGAUGCCCUAUUUUAUCUGAAUGACGUGUGAUGUUAUGUUAUUGCUUUGUUUCGUUUUCAACCAAAGUAGACCAAGGAAGGAUCUACGGCGUAGGGUUGAAAUGGUAAAUGAAGCUAACAAGGAUAUACACCCUCCAAUGAAUUUGGUUAGUGUAUACAUAAAAGACUGUCUCUUAUAUCAAAAUUACAUUAGUGAACUUUGAUUUGUAGAACUGUUAAGGUUAAAAAGAUGCGGUAUUUGUGGAAAAAAAAGUUUAUAAAGUAAGGAACUGUUGGAAGUUUUUAUAUUCUGAAGAGUUUGUGCGUAUGUUGUGUGGAGAUUGAAAUCUCCAGAGGUUGUUAAUAUUUAUACAUGACUAGAAAUUAGUAUUUAUUUUAAUCUCACUGCAGAUGUAUAAGUAACGUAGAUAAUGUACACCAAAUGCCUUUGAAGGCUUUCGAAAAUAGCAGACACAAAUAUUUUGCAGUGUGAGCACUAAUUAUUUUUAAAACUGAAGCUUUUGUACCACAUGAAGUCUUGACA